AUGGAUCAUCUUAGUCUGACCAUUGCGGCCUUUGCCGUCUCGGUGCUGUCAGCCCUUCCCGCCGUCAUUGCGCUCAUCGUCCAGUUGCGAGAGGGAAAGCCUCGCAACCGGUUCUACGAAGAUGCUGAUGGGGCCGCUACCCCAGAGUCAUUGGCUCGCUUCUCGAAUCGGGGGGUAAAGGCCGCCAUCGUCUUGUUCUCCCUCUGUGGUGUUGGCUCUUCGACUGCCAUCUUGGUGCGCUCGUCAUUCAUUGAGCAGAGCAAUCAAUGGCUUCUUGAAUAUGGCUUCGUCAUUAGUGCUUGGGCAUUCAUCCUUUUACAUGGCGUUUGUAUCGCCGCCCACCAUUCCUCCGUCAAAUCCCAUGUGCUGGGAAUAUGGCUUUGCGUGUCAGCUUUGUCAUUGAUGACUGCCUCAAUUGCAGGACUGAUGCAGUUAUCACCCAAAAUCCACGGCCAUGUGAAUCCUCUGGCAAUGCUAGACGCGGUGAACAUUGUCGCCUCGUGCAUCGUGUGUUUUCUCAGUGUCAUGCUGCCAAGGAGGCCCGACGUGCUGCACAACGGCUGUAAAGUCGACAGACAGUCUACUGUGUCCUCUAUCAGCAAAUAUAGCUGGUCCUGGGUCGAGCCGCUCUUGCGCCUUGCCAUUGUCAAGGGUGAUCUUGACUAUGCAGACGUACCAGGACCUGAUAACAGCCUGAGAGCUUCAGAGCUCCAGAAUGGUUGGAUUCGCUUUGGAUUCCAGUCCACCUCUCUCUUUGACUCAAUUCUAUGGGCACACAAGGGAAAAUUCGCCCUGUUAUGGACAGUGUCAAGUCUCAAGGGCGCGGUGAGCAUUCUUCCGUACUGGUCUAUGCUUAGCAUCAUCACACUGUUGGAGAGCGACGAGAGCAGAAGCUCGUAUGUUAUCAAGUUGCUGCUUCUGGUGGCCAUCAUGACUUUCACCAAUCUUCUCGACGCGUUCGCUUACUUUCUUUGCCAGUGGAUGGACGGCUGGGCAUACUGGUACUCAGUUGCCGACCUCUCCUUGCCCGUCAGAUCCCAGAUGGCUAGUCUGGUCUUUGACAAGUCAUUGCGCCGUAAAGAUGUCAAAUCAGUUACAAAAGAGGCAGAUGGCUGGAGUGAACAUGAGGACAAGCCUCAAGCCGAGGAAACUGACGCGAUGGACAAAGAAACUGUUCUCAAAUCUCGUCAGGCGAUUGUGAAUCUUGUGGGCGUCGACUUAGAUCGCAUAUCACAGUUCCUGCAGUUUCAUUUCCUCGUCAUCAACGGUGUGGUCAAGCUAGCAUUGUUCUCCGUAUUUCUCCUCCGUCUCAUCGGCUGGCUACCGUUCGUAGCUGGGAUGCUGGCCUGGCUGCUGACGUUGCCCCCCAAUGCCUGGUUCUCCAAGAAGGUCCUCAAGGAGUCUGAUUCGCUCAUGAAGCUUCGCGACAGAAAGCUUUCCAAAGUCAACGAGGCGCUCUUGGGAAUCCGCCAGAUCAAGUUCUCGGCGCUGGAAGCCGAGUGGGAGCAGAGGAUAUCUGCUGCCAGGCGAGCGGAACUGCAGGCGCUGUGGAGGUAUUUCCUCGCCGACAGCGGCGUGUUCGGUUGCUGGGCUAUCAGUCCCAUCUUGCUAGCAGCAACCUGCCUCACUGUUUAUGUCUUCAUCAACGGCCGAUUGACCCCUUCCGUGGCUUUCGUCAGCAUUGGAGUUUUCAACAGCCUCGAGACGACUCUUGUCGCCCUUCCCGAGCUCAUCACUUUGGGUAUCGAGUCCUUUGUCUCUGCAAAACGGCUUGGGGCGUAUCUGAAUGGACCUGAAAGACGGAAUAUCUUGACCAAUAACCACUCUGUAGGCUUUGAACGCGCUAUGAUUUCAUGGCCAACUGAACAACGCACAGCUUCAGAGGAUCGAUUCACUCUUUCCGGACUCAACCUGUUGUUCCCUACCGGCGAACUCUCCAUCAUUUCCGGCAAGACAGGCUCUGGAAAAAGUCUGCUCAUCUCUGCCUUGAUCGGAGAGGCAGACCUAAUUGAAGGGUUCAUUCACGCGCCGAAUAGACCAGGCGGAGCAUGUGAGGAUGCUGAGUAUCACCCGUAUGACAGCUGGGAUAUUCCAGGGUCUGUAGCGUAUAUUGGCCAGAACCCAUGGCUUGAAAAUGGUUCUCUCCGCGACAAUGUCCUCUUCGGUCUUCCAUUUCUCAAGAGCAGAUAUGACGCUGUGCUUACGGCGUGUGCUUUGCGCGAUGACCUAGCCAUUCUGCCUGAUGGCGAUAACACGGAGCUUGGUGCCAAUGGAGUGAACCUCAGCGGCGGGCAAAAGUGGCGCGUAACACUCGCUCGUGCUAUCUACUCAAGGGCAGACACCCUCAUCAUGGAUGAUGUCUUUUCUGCCGUCGAUACCCAUGUUGGUCGUUGGAUCCUUGAUAAAUGCCUGACCGGGCCCCUCUGCCAAGGUAGAACUCGCAUACUCGUCACUCAUGCCUCUGGACUGGUUCUCUCUGAAGCGAGUUACAUUGUUGAACUUUCAGACGGCCGAGUAAAGUAUGCAGGUCCCCCUGAUGAGCCACUUAUCUCUAGUUCCUCGUCAUCGGACAGUGAGGAUGGCUAUAGCCCUAGUGCUACUAUCAUAGGAGAAGGUUCUGUUCUUGGUAACUUGGAGGAUGAACCGGCGACACCAGCUCCUUCAAUCCCUCCAAAAGGCUCAAAGAAAUUCUUUCAAGAGGAAGGUCGCGAGAAGGGAACAGUGAAAUCGCGUAUUUACCUGUCAUACCUCAAGAGCAGUGGUGGGAUGAUCAUGUGGUUUGCAUGGGCCGGCGUGUUUUUUUCACACGAGAUUAGUAUUGUCGCUCGUGGAUGGUGGCUUCGUAUUUGGACGGCUGCUACGUCAAACCAGACGAUCCAUCAAAAUGGCAACAUUCUCGGCGCCCUCCAUCUCAUGCAGCAGCAAACGCGCCCUCAAACACCGCGGCAGCUUCUUGUUGAUGAUGAUGUAUCCUUUUAUCUCUCAAUCUAUGUAUCGAUAUCAGUUGCCGCUUCAGCUCUCGCUCUGCUUCGGUUUUUCUUAGGGUAUGCCAUCGCGAUCAAGGGCAGCAAAGCCAUUUUCGACAGAAUGCUUUUCAGGGUCUUGCGUGCUCCUCUACGGUGGCUGGACACUGUUCCAAUAGGAAGGGUGAUCAACCGUUUCACGGCUGAUAUGCACACUAUCGAUGAGCGCAUCAUGAUGAGCUGGGGCUUGUUUUAUAUGAGCGCCCUCCGGCUGGUCGGUGUCUGCGUGGCAACUCUCUUUUCCUCGAGAAGUCUCAUCCUUCCAGCUUUGGUUCUGGUAGGCAUCGGUGCCCUAACAGGAGCAAGAUACUUGGCCGCCAGUCGACCUCUGAAACGGCUUGAGAGUAACGCCAAAUCACCCGUAUUCGAACUCUUCAACACCACCCUCACGGGAAUCUCAACCAUCCGGGCUUUCCAACGCAGCCAGAGCUAUCUGACCCAGAUGCAGAACAACCUCGACAAAUGGGUCAUGACCUCGUUCUAUCUCGCCCUUGCCAAUAGAUGGAUGAGUUUCCGCAUGGCCCUUAUUGCCGCCGUGUUCUGUAUCGCCGUCGGGUUGGUGAUUGUCUUCAACCCCUCCAUUGACGCGGCACUGGCAGGCUUCGCGCUGUCUUUCAUUCUGGACUUUUCCGAAAGCAUCCGAUACGCGAUUCGAUACUAUGGCGAUAUGGAACUAGACAUGAACGCCAUGGAGCGAGCCACGGAGUACAUGGAACUGGACACAGAAGACCUCAGCGGCGACGAACCUCCAGCCGCGUGGCCACGGUCCGGUAACAUGGAAUUUUCCGGCUUAGAAGUGGCCUAUGCGGCUGACCUACCCAGUGUGUUGAGCAACUUGACGUUCUCUGUUGCCCACAAUGAGCGUGUAGGUGUCGUUGGGAGAACGGGAGCUGGCAAAUCAUCCCUGACCUUGGCCCUAUUCCGGUUCUUGGAUACACGAGCGGGAAGCAUUACCGUGGACGGCUUGGAUAUCUCUAAGAUUGCAGUUCAAACGUUGAGGUCUCGACUAUCCAUCAUCCCUCAGGACCCCGUGCUAUUCUCAGGAACCGUUCGGUCUAAUCUGGAUCCAUUUGGCCACCACACUGAUGAGGCGCUAUUUGAUGCUCUCAUCAAAGUACAACUCGUGGAUGGCGACCUGAUUGAAUACGGAGCCACAACUGCACCCGCCUCCAAAAAUGUAAACAUCUUCCACGACCUGUCGAGCCCCAUCUCCGAAUCUGGCGGCAACCUCUCUCAGGGCCAGAGACAACUCCUCUGUAUCGCCCGGGCCAUCGUCAACCGCCCUAAAAUCAUCGUGCUUGACGAGGCUACUUCGGCUGUGGAUGCCGCUACCGACACUCUCAUCCAACAGAGCAUCCGUCAGGGUUUCGGCGAUAGCACGCUUCUCGUCAUCGCUCACCGUCUGGGCACGGUCGCGGACUUUGAUAAGAUUCUAGUCCUUGACAAGGGACGUAUGGCUGAGUUUGGCACUCCGCGUGAGUUGUGGGAAAAGGAGGGUAUCUUCCGUGGGAUGUGCGAGAAUACGAAUGUGGGAGAAAAGGAGAAGCUCAAAGCAACUCACACAGUAGUCGGCAAUGCUAAUUCGGAAGAAGAUCUCGACAGCCGCGACAUCGAAUUUUGGGCAAUUCGUCAGUUUCUCCAUGGUCUGCUUACACCUAUCAAUGUUGUCCAGAACCUGCGCCUGUCUGGCACAGUCGUCAUGGCUCUUCCGAAGGCCAGAGCUCAGCAGGCUCAUGUUCCUCCCGCAGCAGCGCAAAACCCGCAGAGUGAAUUCGCUGCCCCAGUCCAGCUCGGCGACUUCCGGCAACUCUGUGAGCUCAUUCAAGUGUCUGACGGCGAACAGGGCGAGCAGGUUGUAUACUUCCUCGUCGCCCGUCAUUCCGUGGAUGGUUUGGACCAGAGUAGGGAACAUAUCGAGGUGCCAGUGGCUCCGGAGCAGGUGUUGCAGUUUAGCUCUGGAGAGCUCCUUGAGCUUGGUGACUUGGUAGUAAUCAGCAGCUGCGUUGACACGGACAUGGUGAAGAUAUGA